AUUUCAACAAGUAACUUUCUUUUGACUAGUAACUUCCUCCGAUCAACUUUGUCGAGGAGGUGGAUCUAUAAAGAACAAUAGGCCUACUAUUGAAUGGUGAAUUAAGCGCGAGUUUUAUUACUUCAGUUCAUGUAACUAUCCAAGGGGCUGUAGAUGAACUAUCAUCAGGAUGAUCAUGGUCCCCACUAGGAUGACUAUACUCUGAUAUGCCAGGAACAAGUACUUUGAAAUCCUCUGUAGACCAGGCAGAUUUGUUGACGUUGUGAAUAAGGUGUUUUAAUAAACAUGGAUAGAUGGUGAUGUCUGUUUUUUUAUCCAAAAUUUGUCUCUUCUGAUUGAUACACCAAGACACAAUGAGUCCGAAACCAGCUUUGGAGUUUAUCGAGGUGCAGCAGUAUAGCGAGACAUGUGAGGAAAACAACAACAAUCAAGUAGUUAUGACAAGAUCGCAAGAAAGGGACGAGAAAUGGUUGGCAAAGUUGGAGAAGCGUUUUAAUGCGAUAGCUGGCGAUGACAAUCAGAUCGAUUUAGAAGAAUUCAAACAAGCAUUGAAUGUUAAAAAGUCUUUCUUUGCUGAGCGGUUCUUCGAGCUAAUCGACACCGAUCAGUCGGGGAGUAUCAGUCUGAAGGAACUCAUCGGUGCUCUGCGGCUUUUGGUGAAUGGAACAGAAGAAGAAAAACUUCACUUUCUUUUCCGUGUUUACGACGCAGAUGGGAGUGGCUUCAUAGACUUUGACGAGCUCAAGACUGUGCUGAACUCGUGUACAGCUGAAAGUGCGUUGACCCUGAGUGAUGAAACUUUGACGGAACUGACUGAGAUUCUCUUUGAAGAUGCCGAUGUUGAUGGCGACGGUCAAGUGAGCUUCGAGGAGCUUUCUGAACAGCUACAGAGGUACCCUGCCAUUACAGCUAACCUCAGUAUCAGUGCGGCUGAAUGGUUGAAUCCGCAGACGAAAUACGAGGCAGACUCGAAAAAGAAACCGAGAUCAGCGACGGCGUCAUGUUGCAGCUACCAUACACUCCGUAAUCAUUUCUCCGUCAUCGUCUUCACAGCCGUCUUCGUUCUCGUCAAUGCUGGUUUAGCAGCAUGGGGCGCGUACGAAGGUUUUCAGAGCAUCGACAACGAGAGGAAUCGCAUUGCCUUGUGCAUUGCAAGGAGUUCAGGUCGGUGUCUUAGUUUCAAUUGCUGCUUCAUCCUUGUUCUAAUGCUCCGGAAAUUACUCACGAUAUUACGUAAUAGUAUUCUGAUGUCGGUGUUACCCCUCGACCAGCAUGUCUCCAUCCACAAGAUGGUUGGCGUCCUCAUCAUCAUCCUGACACUCAUUCACGUCGUCAGUCAUCUCACCUUUAUCGGACUUAUUUACGAGGAAGAGAAGGAUAAUGGAACGUUAUUCACGGAUUUAAUAUUCAGUCCAGUACCUGGUGUUGGUCUCGUGGAGGGAGCCUGUAAUAUAACCGGCUUCAUACUUAUUCUAGUUCUUAUCAUCAUGACACUAUGCUCUUUACCAUUCAUUAGGAGAAAUGGAUACUUUAAGGUAUUCUAUUGGACCCAUCAGUUAUGCAUAAUAUUCUGGGGGUUACUCAUCAUACAUUCCACGUAUUUCUGGAUCUGGUUUGUGGCCCCUGGUGCAGUCUACAUGGUAGAACGGUUCCUGCGGCUCCAGGUGUACAGAAGAGCCAGAUUCGGGAUCAUACACAUCCAAGAAGGAUACGUGUUACCAGCGAACGUUGUUCAUCUUGUUAUUCAGCGUCCACCAAACUUCAAGUUCCACGCCGGAGAAUACAUCUAUGUUAAUAUUCCAACGAUAGCAUCACACGAGUGGCAUCCCUUCACCAUCAGCAGUGCACCAGAACAACAAGAGUUCCUAUCUCUUCAUAUACGAUCUCUUGGGCACUGGACAAAGAGACUCUAUGAAGUCUUCAAAGAACGCGAGCUGGAUCAGCUAAAGGAAUUACCCGAGAACAUAGACAUUGACAGUGAGGACGCCUCUUGUUUAAGCUACCGGAAAACAGACCAGCCUUUGGACGUUGUAACCGAGGUAUCUUCUACAAAGACCACGCCCACUGCGUCGCCAUCUCACCAGAGGGAUACUCCAUUAGAUUCCCCGUCGAAGACGAGACAAGGUUCACCUCAGAAAGGAAGCGAUAGAAAGCGGAACAUCAGCGGCGAAACGAACCCAGGAUUCCAACCUGAAACGCCGACUAAUUCUGAAGAUACGACGACGUCAACCAUUGUGAAUGGGACUGCGUGUAAUAGCAAUAAUAACGACGAUCUGCCGUUGACGGAGGUUCGUCGACGAGUGAACUCAAUGCAAGGGAAGCUACCGGGUAUAGUUAAUGCUAUUGACUUUUCAUGUCAGACUGAAGAGACAGUAGAAGGAGACGUAUCGCCGGCUCAUUUCACUGCAAUAGAUGAAAGAUCCUCCAGCUCAAGAUUCAUAAAAGGAAAAGGUUUUAAGCUAAAGCCGCUGAACUCACCAGAGAGCAAAGGUAUCCAGGAUGGCCAAACUAUCGGACCUCCUGUAAAGGCUGCAAAUGGCCAUGGGACGGUCUUGGAUACCACCUUAUCAGAUCCACCUCAAGGAGAAAAUGCCCAUACUCCACCGGUGAUCAUCCAAAGAACAGAAUCUAAUCUUAGUAGACGGUUAUUUAAUAGGAAAUUAACUGAAGGUAGGAAGUCAGGACCUCCGUUGACCAAGAAGAACAGUCGGAAGAAGCUCAGGAGGAAUCAUACCUUACAUUCUCUCGAUGUUGCUAGGACUUUAGGUGAUGCACCACAUACAGGAAUGGAGGUUAUUUUAGAUGGGCCAUACGGAGCACCUGCCCAGCAUAUCAUGGAGGCUGAACAUGCCGUCCUCAUCGGGGCAGGGAUAGGAAUCACACCUUUCGCUUCCAUCCUGCAGAGCAUACACGAGAGAUACAAGGCUGCCAAGAAGCACUGUCCAAACUGUCAUCACGCAUGGGUGACUGAUGCAUCAUCUAUUCUUAAGACAAGAAAGGUGGACUUUUUCUGGAUCAAUCGUCAGCAGCGAUCCUUCGAGUGGUUCAUCAGCCUUUUGUAUGCCAUUGAGCUGGAACAAGCUGAUAUACCAGCAGAAGGUCGUUUUCUUGACAUCCAUCUUUACAUGACGUCGGCUCUGUCUCCCAGUGAUAUGAAGGCCAUUGGACUCCAUGUCGCUCUCGAUCUGAUCCAUAAGAAGAACAAGCGAGAUACCAUCACGGGAUUGAUGACCAGAACCCAACCAGGACGUCCCGACUGGGAGGAGGUGUUCCAGAAACUGAAGAAGGAGCAGAAAGGUCGAAUCACCGUGUUUUUCUGUGGCUCUCCUGCCCUCGGCAAAAUCAUCAGAACAAAAUGCUUAAAAUAUCAGAUGGACUUCAGGAAGGAAAACUUCUAAACCUUGGACCAACGAACGUAGAUCGAGGGCGUCAACACUUUGCAUCAGUGUUUGCUGCCCUCUACGUCUUAGACCAAACUCAUCAUUUAUAGAUCAGGGCACCACUCAAUGAUAACAAGAAGAUGCCAUUUUCGGAUUUACCGCGCAGAAACUAGUACUUCUCAGCCGAAUCAAUGUCUUAAGCGGAAACGAAUUGACUCUCUCAGUGCUGACAACUGUUAGGGAGCGAAAGCACAGUUUCUCGAAGAGUACAGCGUUACUUUAAAUCCCAAUUGUCAUACUGUGCUUAAGAUAUCAGGUGGGUGUUUCUUAAAGCUAUUCCAAAGUUACGAGCGACUUUACGGACGACUGGUGACCUUUUCUUGUGGUAAAUUGUCCAGAUUUUUAUGGACUGAGAAAGGAUCAUCAGUCGUGCGUACAUAAAGUCGCUAUAACUCACCAUCGGGUUUAUAAAAAAAAAAAGUACCACCUAGUUUAUGACUACAACGGCCCAUUGCAGGAGAAGGGGCAACCACAGGCAACUCCAGAUAGUAAACGCAACUUGAUUUUAGUCAAAUCAUACUUUCGCUCAAUCUGUUAUGUGUGAAUGUGUAGCAUUCAGUCAGUUUAUGGUACUAGCCUGAUUUCUAAGUCACUUACAAGAAACAGCACCCAUGCAUGAUGCAAAAGAAAUCCUAAGAAGAUUUUGGCACAGACUAUCAAAUCUGUCUUCUGUAGAUCUCUCCUACCCCCCCCCCCACCCACCCCACUUACUGUAAAGAACAUAGAGUGCCACAGUGUGUCAGCAGUGCUGUGAAACCAGUUGCCUUCAAACUGUUUAAUUUGAGCAUUUCAACAGUGUGAAUCACAUAUUCACAUAGUCGACCAUGUGAACACGCUUUGAAUAAUCACAACUGUUGAGGUGUCCACAGUGUGAAAAUCUCUCCACACUGUUGAAUUUUAGCAUUUUAGCAGUGGGAAUAAUAUUUUCCAAUAGUCCACGUUACUAUAAGUGAACACAUUGUGAUCACAAUUUGUGACACUGUUCUUUCCAUCAUUGCCCCCCCCCUUGUACUUCUGGUAAUCAUAACCCCCUCUUUUCCAUUUCUGACUUCUGAUAUAUUGACUUUGCAUCGCUACAAAGAAUGCCAAGAGUUUUAUAAUAGGGAAUAAAAUUUAAGAAACUUUAUACAAAUGAAGUUUAAACUUCAUGUUAAGUAAUACAUUAAUGUAUCACCCGAAAUCGGAUUCCUGAAGUAUGGGUUAAGACGUCAACCUGAGAAAUAUUGUCACCCUUAAUCAAGAUAAAAAUAAUCUCAUUGAUACAAUGAAGGAUGUUUUUUUUUACACUGUACUACGGUAAUUUCUUUUUUGUCGCCAUUGUUUACCACAGAAUGAAACGCUGCUAACCUGAAGAAAAAAAAACAAUGACUUUUAUAUAUAAAACAACUUUAAAUACUUGAAGAAACAACAUG